AGCUGGAGGGUGAAGUUGCCUUCAGGGAUGCAUUACUGGGCAGAUUUUAUCCAAUUAUGUCUUUGAUCUCAUGACUGACCCAGUCUCUUUAUAAAAGGGAGGAACCUUGGGAAAGGAUACCAUAUGAGCCAGUGCAGCCAGCCAGUCAGCACCUCAGCCUUUGGGCCAGGAUUACUCAGUUGGAAGUUCAGUCUUCUUGAGGCGCUUGCAGUGUUUAAGCAUCUACCAGUUAUUGAAACAAAUCCCUAGAGUAAAUAACUAAGAGGAGCUUGAACUCCUGAAGUUUAGUCUCUCUGAAAAUUCGUGCUAAGAAUGGCUUCAUAUCUCAGAAAUUCCUAUCAAGCUAAACCAUCGAGGAAUGAUCACGAGUCAGAAAAUCUAGAGAGUAAACCUAGCCAAGGACCUGCCAUCCAGGAGGGAGAAGGGAUCUCCACAUUUCCAAGUACUGAGCUCAGCUUAUUUCAAAAUAGCAAUAACAUGUGUGCAAGGCAGGAACUGCAAAGACUCUAUGAAUUAUUUCACUCAUGGCUGCAGCCAGAAAAACACAGCAAGGAUGAAAUUAUUUCUUGUUUGACGCUGGAACAGUUUAUGAUCAGUAGGCACUGCAGUGACAGGUCCAUGUUGAAGGAGAAAUGGGAAGCAAGUGGCAGAAACCUGGAGACAUUCAUGGAAAGCCUGAGUGAUGAUUGCCUGAAGCCCCCUGGCUUGGUCCAUGUCCACAUGCGGGGACAGGAAGCCCUCUUUUCUGACACUGUGCCCUUAAGAGAAGUCAUUGUUCACUUUAAGAAACAAUUGUCAGCAGAAACCCCAACAGUGGCAAAUGUGGGAACACUCCCCUGGGCUGCCCAAGAUGCUUCUCUGCAAAGAAGACAAGGAGAUGAGGAUAAAGAAAAUGGUAGCAACAUUUCUUUGAAAACUACUGAAGAAAAUGUCAAUAUUACUAGUCAAGGCCAUCAAACACCUCCCCUGCUCAUUAUCCAGGGAGAGAACUCUCCUGAGCCUGGCAGGGGAGAUGUUUCUUUGGAGAAUGUACUCAGCUCCAGAAGAGCAAGUCUAGGCACCUCCAGGUCCCAGGGAGGGUCCCCAAAAGAACCCUGUAAUCAAGAUGUUCUCAUGGAGGUAAGACCAGCAUUCCUCUCCAGGCUGUACCAGGUCACCCCUGAGCCCAUUCCUACCCACCAGAGCAAUGCUGGAAGCUCCACAUGUGGGAGACCUAAAGAAAGAUUCCAAAGAGCUCAAAGGUCAUACCAAUGUAAGAAGUGUCCCAAGAUCUUUAGGUGUUUCUCUUGGUUAAAAGUCCAUCUUAGAAGACACAAUAAUAAGAGGAUAUUUAUUUGUGCCGUGUGUGACAAAGGCUUUUUCCAGGCCUCAGACCUACGCAUGCAUCAGAAGAUUCAUUUAGGAGAGAAGCCUUUCAGGUGCAGCACCUGUGCUAAGUCCUUCAGCUACAGAACCAACCUUCUGGCUCAUGAGAGAAUUCACACGGGAGAGAAGCCCUAUGUGUGUUCUGUGUGCCAGAGAUGCUUCCGCCAGUCAUCCACCUACCACCGCCACCUGAGGAUGCACCAGAGAACUGCCUUCAGACGUGUUUCCUCUAUACCUGAAGCUUCCUCUAUGUAAUGAAUAUAAAUAUGUCUUCAAGUACGUAUAUUUCCAUAGUACUUCUCUAUUUAGAACAUACUUUAUAAUUUCUCAAUCAUAUAUUCCAUUCAUUUUCUCCCUCUCUAAAAUGUAAGUUUAAGGAAGGCAGGAAAUUUCUGUUUUGUUCAGCAAAGUGUCUCAGGUGCCUACAAAGAGGCUGACACAUUUUAUUUUCUUAAAUAUUUUGUUUUUUUUUUAUUUUUGGAGAGAGGGUAAGGAAAGGAGAGGGAGAGAAGUAUC